CGCGAUAACAUUUGUGAUUGGGAACAAUGUUGGAAUUUAAUGAUAAUACGAAUAUAAACGCAUAUAAAUAACCUGCAGUGGCAUUAACUGGGAUGCGUAUAAUUCUUUCGAAUGAAUAAAAUAUAAACUUGGAAAACAUUCAAAAUUAUUUUGAAUCAUUAUCACAGCAACGAAGUUAUAAAAGAUUUUCAUUCUAUGUGAGCACAAAUAUCAUAACAAUGGAGCCAGGGACAAGUGGAUGGAGACGGUAUAUUAUGGUGGAGCCUCCAAUAAUGAUGCUGCUCUUUGCAGAAACAAUGACAGUUGUAGGAAGAUAAACAUUUAUUUGGUACAUCGAUUCUUCUUUGUCUGUAAUUUUGGUGCUGUUUUAACGGAUCUUAUAGUAUAUCAAUCUUGUACAGUAUCAUUAAAACUAAAUGAAACAUUGUGUCAGCUUUUGCACACAAAUAGCAGUAGCCAAGAGGCUGCAGCUAUAGAAGCCAAAGUUCAACCGUAUGCUAGCAUAGUUCUGAUGUAUGCAUUUUUGCUUCGAACUGUGCUACCAUCUUUGCUUUCCUUAUUCCUAGGGCCAUGGAGUGAUAAAUAUGGUCGUAAGCCACUGUUAGUGUCAGGAUAUAUGGGAUUUUCAUUAAAGUUUCUCAUACUAUCUAUUUUGUGUAACUGGACUGUCAAUCCUUGGUUCAUGCAAGUUGCAUUUAUUCCUCUUGCCAUUCUUGGUGGUUCUUGUAACUUGAUGUUAGCUUCAAUUUGUUAUAUUUCUGAUAUUGUGAAAGAGAAUGAUAGAGUAUGGCAGCUCGCAUGGCUAAAUGCAUCCCUAUUAUUUGGCAUAGUUCUUGGUACAUUUACAGGACCUGUCAUAUACAAACAGUAUGGAUACACUGCUGUUUUUGGAACUGCAACUUUAUUUUGUACUCUGACACUUCUAUACGUAUUAUUCUAUGUUCCCGAAUCUAUAAAGAAUUGCCCCAAGAGUUCAUUGCAGAGUUUAUUUGACUUCUCUUUAGUGAAAGAGCUCAUUAGUACCUGUGUUAAGAAACGUGACGGUUUUAACCGAUAUGUAGCCUGGUGUUGCAUACUUACACUCCUUCUUACAAUAUUUGCAAUGGAGGGAGACGCUACUAUAGGAUUUUUGUUUGUAAGAGAAUAUUUUGGUUGGGAUAUUUCAAGCUACGCUAAUUAUACAGGCGCUACUGUAAUAUUGAGCAUUGUUGGUACUUUAUUUGCUGUUAAGCUAUUAGCAAAUCUUCUAGGAAUUUCAGAUGCAGCACUAGCAAUUUUAUCUUUCAUGUCGUUACUUGGUAGUGCAAUUGUCAAAUCUUUUGCAUGGCAACCUUGGCAUAUGUACCUGUCAGGAGGUAUAGGAUUGUUUGGAGGUGUUCCUGGACCUAUACUCCGGGCAAUAUUAUCAAAAUCAGUACCACCACAAGAUGUUGGUAAGGUAUUCUCUUUAACAACCUCAUUGGAAACUUUAACUCCACUUGGAGCAGUUCCUUUAUAUACUUUGAUAUAUAAAAAUUAUAUGCCACCUGUAUAUUAUCCAUGUCCAGCUUGGCUAGUUUCUGUGGCACUCUACAGUAUUGCAAUUUUAUUAGUGAUGUGUAUAGCUCGACGUACUGCCCGGUCAAAUAAUACUUCUUACGUACAACUGAUUUCGGAAAGUGAAUAAGAAACUUACGUAUUUUAUAUUAUAUUUUUGACGUGAAAUAAUGUUCAAUUAAACAUUUUACAGUAAAUCUAAUGUAGAACAUAGCUGUAUACUACUUAUUACCAGAUACUUGAUAGAUUUAAUAUUUUAAAUAUUUUCCAGUAACACGUAAUAAGUAUAAACCAGUAG